AUGGCCGUGGAGAUCCUACUGCGCACCCAGGAAUCGGAGACGCCGUUUGUUCAGUUGCUACUUGCUGUUUUCAACUCUAUCCUAGAAGUCUUUAUACUCUGUGCCGCCGGGUACACCCUUGCCCGCCAUGGCAUCCUGGACAAGAAGACGCAGAAACAAAUCAACCGCCUUAAUGUCUCCCUCUUCACACCCGCGCUGCUUUUCUCCAAAGUGGCCUUUUUCUUGACCCCAGCGAAAUUGAAAGAGUUAUGGGUUAUCCCUAUCUGGUUCGUUAUUGUGACGACCGCCUCGAUGUCCGUCGGCCGCGUUCUUGGGUUCGUGUUUGGGCUCAAGCAAUCCCAACGGAGCUUCGUCAUGGCUGCUGCCAUGUUCAUGAACUCUAAUGCGCUUCCAAUCGCCCUUAUGCAAAGUCUCGUGAUCUCUGUACCUGACCUUGCCUGGGGCGACGACGACAAUCGGAAUGCGAUGCUUGGUCGAGCGUUGACCUACUUGACCAUGUACAGCACGCUCGGCAUGGUGGUUCGGUACAGCUACGGUGUCAGCCUUCUUUCGCGUGCUGAUACCAUUCUCGUCCCUACUGCGGCCCACAAUGGCGACGCAGAUGAGAACACCCCUCUUCUCCUCGGAGACUCGCCUAACCUCCGGUCCCAACCUUCGACGUCUACCAUCACCGUCUCUGGCUCCUAUCAGUCUUCCAAACGCAACAGCCAUUCUGGCUCGCCGAGACUCGUCCACUCGCCCAAGGACGUCACCCACGCCGACCUGCCUGAGCUCAUCAUGUCAUCGAGGGGUGACCCACCGCCACCCUUGGCUGGACGCCCGCAUUUCCCGAGGCGCCGGACGACGUUCUACAACUCCUUCCCGAACAGCCCGAACAACAGCGUGACGAAUCUCGCUCGGUAUGAUACGUCUCUCAAUACGACGGACACUGAAGACAGCGAUGAGGAGAAUACCAGAGACGUUGAGGCUCCCGAUAGCGGCCUUCCAGCCCCCUCGACCCAUCAUGUUCGUCAGUCUAGCCAUAGCCACACACACCACCCUGUCACCCAUUUCUUACACCACGUCGGCCGCCGGGUUGCUCGCUUCUGGGUGGCGCUGAAUGACUUCAUGACGAUGCCGCUCUGGUCUGCUACUCUCUCCUUGUUCGUGGCGUGUAUUUCGCCGUUAAAACACGCCCUUGAGUUCCACAUGCAGCCUCUCAACAACGCGAUCAACACCGCUGGCAAAUGCGCCGUUCCGCUGACCCUCGUCGUCCUCGGAGCCUACUUCUACGUGCCGCCGCCUGAAGGGUCCGACACCACGAACACUGGAGAGAGAAGGUUAAGCAGGAGCGAGCGGAAGAGUCGGAGCAGGACGUUGGUCGAGAGGGUCAAAGAUACGUUUGGGAUACCGAGGUAUCAAAGAUCGAGUACCCCACCGGCGAAGAAGGAAGAGCCAUUAAAGCCUGGAGAGACGAAGACGGUCGCGCUGGCUGUCGCUGCAAGGAUGGUCAUCACUCCGGUGCUGUUAGUGCCGCUCAUGGUGUUUGCAACCAGGUUCGACUGGCAUGCCAUUUUCGAGGACCCAGUUUUCGUAACAGUCAACACAAUUCUCCUCUGUUCGCCGCCUGCCCUGACACUCGCACAAAUCACUGCUGCCGUCUCCGGCGACGCGUUCGAACGCCUCAUUAGCCGCACGAUAUUCUGGAGCUAUUGCAUCAUUACACCGCCGGUCACGAUCGGGUCUGUGCUGUUGGGGUUGUGGUUGGCGAAGCUAUGA